UCAAGAAUCCAAAAUAUAAAAAAUAUAUUUUAAGGACAAAGAAUUGGUGGCGAACUAGCAAUGGCCACCAAAUUCCACCACCUCCUCCUCAUUAUCGCCGCCUUCUUCCACCUCUCAACCACCGCAACAUUGGCCAUCGGCGUCAAUUAUGGCACUCUUGGCAAUAACCUGCCACCACCGUCUCAGGUGGCGAACUUCCUGAAAACACAAACAACAAUUGACAGCGUCAAGAUUUUUGAUACAAAUCCUGACAUUUUACGUGCCUUUGCUGACACCGGUAUUGCCGUCACCGUUACUGCCGGUAACGGUGAUAUUCCUGCUCUGGGACAAAUUAGCAACGCACGUAAAUGGGUCGUCGCUAAUAUUGUACCGUUUCAUCCAAGAACAAGGAUUGUUCGUAUUGUUGUUGGUAAUGAAAUUAUGGCCUCUGCUAAUAGGGCUUGGAUUUCUAAUCUUGUUCCUGCUAUGAAGAAUAUUCAUAAUGCUCUUAUUUCUGCAAAUAUUAGAGGCAUUCAGGUCACAACACCUAAUUCUCUUGGCAUACUUUCAAUUUCCGAGCCACCAAGUGCAGGCCGGUUCAGGAACGGGUUCGACCGAGCCAUAUUCGGACCAAUGCUCCAAUUUCUACGUGAAACCAAAUCACCAUUUAUGGUUAACCCAUAUCCUUAUUUUGGUUACUCUCCACAAAUGGCAAAUUAUGCUUUGAACAAGCGUAAUAGAGGAGUAUAUGAUAAAUUUACUCACAUUACGUACCAUAAUAUGUACGAUGCAAUGUUAGAUGCUGUUUAUUCUGCCAUGAAAAAAAUGGGUUAUGGUGAUGUGGAUAUAGUUGUCGGCGAAACCGGUUGGCCUUCGGUUUGUGACCCGGGCCAACCGGCUUGUAGUGUGGCGAAUGCAGCUUGGUUUAAUGGAGACUUGGUUAGACGUGAUAGGCAAAGAAAGGGUACUCCAUUGAUGCCGAACCGGCGGUUCGAGACAUUUAUUUUUUCAUUGUUUAAUGAAAAUCUUAAACCCGGACCAACCGCUGAGAGGAAUUGGGGGUUGUUUAGACAUGAUUUUAGUCCAAUUUAUAAUAUUGGGAUUAUGCGCAAUGGACAGCCACCUCGGGGUCGUCAUGGAAGAAGGACGAGACGCGGAAGUAGGCCAGCACCGGGAGGAAAUAAGAGGUGGUGCGUUCCGAAGGCGGAGGCUAAUGACCAGCAAUUGCAAGCCAACAUAGACUAUGUGUGCAGCCAGGGUGUGGAUUGUAGACCCAUUCAGGCAGGUGGUGCCUGUUUUGAUCCUAACAAUGCAAGAUCCCACGCUUCUUUUAUUAUGAACUCUUAUUAUCAAACUCACGGUCGCCAAGUUUCUGCUUGUGAUUUUUCUCACACCGGUUUUCUUUCAGCCGUGGAUCCAAGUCAUGGUGCAUGCAGAUAUAUCUAAAGAAUGAGUUGAUUUGAUUAGGAUUGGUCAACAUUUAAUGUUUAACUUAAGUUAAGAUUUUGAUUUUAAUUUAUUUCAAUUUUAUUUCAAUUCUUUGUGGAUAUGUGAAUUUAACUGUAAAACAUUAACAAUGUAUCAACUCAUUUUCUU